AUGGGUGGAAUCUCCUACAGACAUCAUUUUCAGAAGUAUUUAAUAAAAGACAGUGGCUUAAAUUGUGGGACAAUAUAUUUUCUAAUCGUAUGGGAUUUCUUAUGUAUUGUGCCGCUGCUUUUAAUAUUGUCAUGCGAGAUGUGUUAUUGCGUUGUAAAACUCUGGAACAAUUUAAGGGAUGUUAUAGGAAACACGGAAUUUCAGCAUCCAUCUUAAUUCAAAAAGCAUAUGAUUUGCAACAGUCAUCCCCACCUGAAAUUGAUCCUGAACCUGUGGUUGGCUCAUUUGCUUCCAUUCCUAAGGGUGCUUAUCCUACAUUUUUUCAGAUGUCUCAGAUGAAUAUUGACCUGCAGACUCUUACAAGAAAAAGAAUAAUUGAUCAAGAAGUACAUUUCAUGCAACGAAGAGAGGAUGCUCUAGAAAUUACACAUAAUUAUUUGAAAGAGCUCCAGGACUUGCAGCUAUUAAGAAGAAAAUUGCUUCUUGAGUGCAUUGAUUGGACAGAUGUAGAUGCACUGGAAGUGUUACAUAAGAAAUUGAUAAAAGUCCAAAAUUUAAUACAGAGUAACCUUACAGAUCAGGUAGCAAUGUUAAAAGGACUGCUUGGUGAAAAUAUCUUCAGUGAUGGCAAGGAGUUCUUUUCAGGUUAUAAUGGGAAUGUGAAAACUAAUUCAAUGCAUAUACAUUUGCAGGAUGCUCAAACUCAGUAUUUUCGCUUUAAAGAAUAUGUGAAGAAACUGAAAGUUAAAACUGAGUGAAUUUCCUUCCAUUAUAAUGUAUUAUUGAUUUUAGUUUUUAUGAUGUAUAUAUUUUUCUAAAAACUUAACACAUUCAGAAAGUAAAAAUAAAUAUUUGAAAA